CAAAAUAUGGCCAUAAUUUUUGUCCAACUUAGCAGGGGAAACUAGCUCAGUCCUGCUUUAGUGUACUUUCAAUUAGAAAUCAGGUGGUUGUCAAGAAGUGACAGUUGGUGUGCAUCUUAUUUUAUUUCUUUUUCUCACAUUAGAGAUAUGGCGAGCGAAACCCAAAAGCUGCUGCUGUUGUCACUGCUCGAGGAGUCGCCCGAACUGUGUAGCAACAGGAGAUUCCUCGAGUGUGUGACGGCAGCACAGCGCAGAGCGAAGUGGGACAGAAUUGCUGCCACCCUCUACGCUGUUGGAACAUACAACAAAGACGGCAAGGGGUGGCAGCAAUUUUGGAAGCACUGGCGCCACAGCGUGCAGAGCCGUGCCAGAGAAUUGUCACGAAGACUGCAGGCCACAAGGGGAGGAAGCGGCAACGUUGUCGCUAACAUGGGGCCGGCCCCAGUGAACACCUCAUUGCGCCUGUCUGGGCUCGACCGGCGUGUCAUGGCCCUUGUGGGCUGGGACACGACGGUCGGCGUACCAGGAGCGGUGGAGAUGUCCAUCGAGACCGGCCGCAUGGAAGUGAUGUUGCCCGUCUCAGUCAACGAGACAGAGCCGGUUCCCUCCACCUCGGCCGGUCUUCGUGGAACCGAGGAGUCGGGAAGCAGAAGCUGCUCUCUCCUGUGAACGUCUGAGUCUCUCCGGUGGCACCGCCUUCCACCUGUUCCUCCCUUGGCUCAUCACCCUCACCAGCAUCAUCCAGAGGCUCAAGAGUGUUGUACACAGAGCCAUGUUAUGGAGGACGGCAGAGGCAUUGAUU